AUGAAAAUCACCCACAUCAGCCCAUGGUCUAUGUGUAAGCUAGAACACUCUGCACUUUGCAUGUCUUAUCACUGGAUGUCCUGGGAAAGCCAAGGCCUCCUGCCCUGGGAAAACCAAACAACCAUUGUGGAAUUUGUGCUUCGAGGAUUCUCCUCCAACCGACAGCUAAAUAUUUUCUUCUUCAUAAUGUUUUUUGCUUUCUACAUCUUAAUUAUUUCUGGAAACAUCCUCAUUGUUCUGCUAGUUUUGUUCAGCCAGCACCUCCACAGCCCCAUGUACUUCUUCCUGGUGAAUUUGCCCUUAUUAGAGAUCUGCUAUACCUCCAAUAUUGUCCCCAAGAUGUUGCUGAUUAUCAUAGCCCAACAGAAGACUAUCUCUGUGGCGGGGUGCCUGGCACAGUUCUACUUCUUCGGAUCCCUGGCUGCAACAGAGUGUCUCCUGCUCGCUGUGAUGUCCUAUGACCAAUACCUGGCCAUCUGCCAACCUCUCCAUUAUCCCUUCCUCAUGACUGGCCCCCUUUGCAUUAGGCUGGCUGCCAGCUCUUGGAUCUGCUGCUUCUUCCUUACAGCAAUCACUGUGGUCCUACUGUCUAGACUAACCUUCUGUGGACCCAAUGAGAUUGAUCACUUCUUCUGUGACUUCACCCCUCUGGUCCAUCUCUCCUGCAUGGACUCCUCACUGACUGAGAUCAUCGCCUUCACCACCUCCUCUGCAGUAACCCUGGUUCCAUUUUUCCUCAUCGCUGCCUCCUACUCCUGCAUUCUUGUUGCUAUCCUAAGAAUUCCAUCUAGGACAGGCCGGAGAAAGGCCUUCUCCACCUGCUCCUCCCACCUCACCGUGGUCACAGUGUUUUAUGGGACACUCAUCACCACGUACCUUGUGCCUUCGGCCAAUUCUUCACAACUCUUGUGCAAAGGAUUCUCUCUGCUCUACACCAUCCUGACACCCAUGUUCAACCCCAUCAUCUACACCCUGAGAAACAGAGACAUCCAUGAAGCCCUGAAGAUGUGCUUGAGUAAGAAGGCAGCUUUCCUCCUCAGCUGUUGCAAAGAGGAAAAGUUGGAUAUUUGUCCAAGGGACAAGGAAUUGGAUUGA